AUGUCUCAUCAGUCUGGCAUUAAAACAUCACAGGAGUUGGCAGAUCUAUUUGUCACCGCAGUAGCCGAAGGCAAUUUGAGAGUAAUACGCGUUUCCAUAGUAUCUGAGUCACUCAUACCCGAUGGGACGGCCGAAGUGUCAGGCUCCUGGGAGACUGAUUUUUUUAAAAUUCAAAACUUUCUGGAGGAAAAAAAGCCAGCUUAUAUUCUCUACCGUAUGGACACCAAAUCGUCAGCUGGCGAUUAUGAAUGGUUGUUUCUUGCAUAUGUUCCAGAUAAUGCCAAGGUCAGGGACAAGAUGCUCUAUGCUUCGACUCGGGCCACAUUGACGAAAGAGCUCGGAGACUAUCGUUUUGUAGAGUCUAUGUAUGGUUCAACAACCGAAGAAUUCACUAUUGAGGGAUAUCGAAGACAUCUCAAACAUCAAAAAGCAGCUGCACCACUGACAGAACGCGAGAAAGAACUCAACGAAGUCCGCGCUGCAGAGGCAAGCACAAACAUAUAUAGUUCCUCUGCCCGAAGAUCUCAUGCAGCCGGAGUGUCAUUCCCCACAUCAGAUGAUGCUAUUCGAGCUUUGAAGAAUCUGGGACAAACUGAUCGUUCUAAGAAUCUCGUGCAACUGAAAAUAGACACGGCGGGAGAAUGCAUAGAACUUGGUUCUGUCACACAAAUUGAUGUUGGACAAUUAUCAGAAUCAAUUCCAACAGAUGCGCCGAGGUUUUCUUUCUUCGCUUACAAGUAUAACUACAACGGACAGGAACAUGAUUCGAUUGUUUUUAUCUAUACAUGCCCAUCAAGUUCAAAAAUCCGUGAACGCAUGCUUUAUUCCUCGAGCAAAGCUUCAGUAAUCUCCACUGGGCAAAAUGACUGUGGUCUCACUAUAGCUAAAAAGUUUGAAACCAAUGAAGUUGAAGAUCUUACUGAGGCGUACUUAUUAGAAGAACUGCACCCAAAGCGAGAAACUUUGUCGCGCGGAUUUGACAGACCAAAGCCACCUGGGAGGCGAACCCAUCGAACUUGA